UCUCUCGACCAUAUAGGUGCACUGCAAUCCGUGAUCAAGCUGACGCGUUCGAGCGACACUGCUGCCGUCACGGCGUCGCAGCAGCAUCAACAACGCGCCGCUGCCGCCGCUGCCAAGAAGAGGAAGAAAUCAAAAGCAUCAGCUGCAGCAGCAGCAGCAGCGGCGGUAGCAGCCGUUUCAGAUACUACAACAACGGACGCCGCCGCGUCGUCCGCGUUCACCGCCACUACUACUACUAGCAAACGUAACCGUAAACAAAAAGCGCCACCGCAGCCGCAGCCGCACGCGGCCUCCAGCUCGACGCCGAGUACUACUACUACUACCAGUAGUAGCAAUAAUAAGCGAGCCAAGAUCGACGCCGAAGAAUCAACGUCGGCAGCCAUCGUCGCCAAGAACAUAAGCAAGAACAUAAGCAGCCCCACGAGUUCGUCGUCGACCAACGACCCUGCUACAACCGUUACUACUGCUACUUCUCGGCCGCAGCAGCAACAGCAGCAGCAGCAGCAGCAGCAUCAGGUCGUCGUCGCAGCUCAUGCUGCUGCCCAUGCUCGAGUCUCGUUCUCCGCCGCAUCUUCUCGACGCAGACGCAGGAGGAUGCGUGGUCCGGGCGCGACGCCCAAGGGCAAGAGCAAGAGCAGCAAGAACAAGAGGAAGGGACGCAAGCUGCCCGAGUCGCCGGCCACGAGUCCGCUCCAGUCCCCGGAGAGCACUCCGCAGCAGCAGCAGAACGCCAAGUACGCGCUGGUGACACCUUGGCACGAAGAUCCCAACAAACCCUACAAAUUACUAUUUACUGACAGUAUUCUUAUCAUAACACAAGAUGAGUACGAUUCUCAUGAAAAAGUCACACCUCACAAAAACAGCGGAUCGGCAGUUGACAAAGAUAAAGAAGACAAAGCUAUUUUAAGUUCAUUACCUAAAGCUGUAUCCAAAGAAUUAGACGAUUAUGAAAUUCAACUCGGCGUGGCUGAUCCGCUUCCCAAUUCCUAUGUACGAUUUAUGGAACGCAGUGGAGAAGAAUUGGACAAUGAAGUAGAGUAUGACUUGGACGAAGAGGACGCAGCCUUUCUAGCUAUUGUCAAUGAACGUCGAUCAGCCGCAGGCCUCUCACCCAAUCUUGAUCCGGACACUUUUGAAUUGUUGAUGGAUCGAUUAGAAAAAGAAUCCUACUUUCAACAACAAACAAAUGCUGGCGUCGCUGCUCUCUCGACAGCUCCAGACGAAGAUGCAGUGUGUUGUAUUUGUAUGGAUGGUGAAUGUCAAAACAGCAAUGCCAUUCUAUUUUGCGAUAUGUGUAAUUUGGCAGUACAUCAAGAUUGCUACGGUGUGCCAUACAUUCCAGAGGGACAGUGGCUCUGUCGCCGCUGUCUCCAAAGUCCUUCUCGGGCUGUUGAUUGUGCCCUCUGUCCCAAUAGAGGCGGUGCUUUCAAGCAGACCGACAAACCGGCGACCUGGGCGCACGUCGUCUGUGCCCUCUGGAUCCCGGAGGUGCGCUUCGCGAACACGGUCUUUCUCGAGCCCAUCGAUAGUAUCGACUGUAUUCCGCAGGCCCGUUGGCGGCUGACCUGCAGCGUGUGCAAGCAGCGCAACGUCGGCGCUUGCAUCCAGUGCCACAAGAGCAACUGCUACUCGGCCUUCCACGUCACCUGCGCCCAGCAGGCCGGACUGUGCAUGAGGAUGCGCACGGUGCAGCCCGCCAACGGCGAGCCCAUGCUGGUCCAGAAGACGGCCUACUGCGAGGCGCACACGCCGCCCGACUACAAGCCCAGCACGAAUCCCACGGACGCGAGGCGACGGGCCAUCGCCAACAAGAAGACGACCUGCGCCCCGGUGAUAUCGAUUCCGACCAUUCCGCCCGAGAAGAUCAAAGAAAUCGCCAGUUUAGCCGACGGCAUUCCGAAGAAGAAUCAGCUGAUACAGCGCCUCAUAGCCUACUGGACGCUGAAGCGGCAGUAUCGUAACGGCGUGCCGCUGCUGCGUCGGCUGCAGAGCGCCCACCUGCAGCCGAGGCCGCCCACCUCGCUCAGCUGCUCGUCGCCCUCGCCCGGCGACAGCGAGAAUCGCGACGAGAUCUACAGCCAGCUCAAGUACUGGCAGUGUCUGCGCCAGGAUCUCGAGCGCGCACGUCUGCUCUGCGAACUGGUGCGCAAGCGGGAGAAGCUCAAGCUGGAGCUCAUCAAAGUAAAGGAAAAGUACACGUGGUUGGAGCUGAGACCUCUGGACAGUAUUCUCAAGCUGUUGCUCGAGUACUUGAAGAUGCGCGACUUGCAGGAUAUCUUCGGGCAACCGGUCAACGUCGAAGAAGUGCCCGAUUAUUUGGACAUCGUCAAGGAGCCCAUGGAUUUCUCAACGAUGGAGUCUAAAAUAGAUCACAACCAGUACAAAACCAUCGAGGACUUCGAGGCGGACUUCAAUCUCAUGAUCUCGAACUGUCUGGCUUACAAUCGCAAGGAGACCGUGUUUUAUCGCGCGGGAGUGAAGCUGCGCGACGCGGGGGGGCCGAUAAUCAAUCAAGGCAAGAAGGAUUACAGCACCCUGACGAAUUCGUCCGUCCUGGCCGAAUUGUACAAGUACAAGCAGGACUCGGACUCGGAGCGUGUCAAGGACGAAAAGUCCAACAACGCGGAAACCGAGCCCGAGCUCAAUGGCGACGAUCAGUCGUCGUCGUCCCCGGUAUCGAAACGAAGAAAAACAGAUAAGAGCGGCAGAACGCGUCAUAACUCGGAAUCUGUAUUAAGUGGCAAUGAAAAGGAUACGUCAUUAUCGAAUUCGAAGCAAAACGCUAAUGUAUCCAAUUCAUCGGUCAAUUCGACUCGUAGCACAAGCGGCGUCAAUCGUCGCACAGCGGUACUCUUCACGCGUAAAGCUAAAGCCAGACAAAGCAGAAAUAGUCAAUUGCAGCAUCGAGCUAGUCCCAGUAAUCCGAGCAACGAUAAAAAAGAAAGCGACAGUUUCUCGGUUUAUAGGAGUGGCGGUGGCAGUGACAGUGACGGAGCGGACGCAGAGAGAGAAAUGUCUUCUUCUUCUUCUAGCUGCAGUAGCUGCUCCACGAGCCGUUCGUCUAGUCCAGAACCCGAUGAAGAUAGAUCAGACACAAAUUAUGAUCAAGAAGCUAGUUCACCCAGGUCGAAGUCAAAUAAUCACGAUGACGACUAUGAUGGUGAAUUAUCUGACGAUCAAGAAUAUCCUAAGAUGGAAAUCGAUGAUGAUGGCACUCUCACUCCGCUGCAGUUGGUUUGGGCAAAAUGCCGAGGUUAUCCUUGGUAUCCAGCUCUCAUUAUUGACCCCAAAACUCCCAAAGGCACCAUAUACAAAGGCGUGCCCAUUCCGUCACCUCCUGACGAUGUUUUGGCUUUGGCCAAUAACUACAAAGACCAAAUCUAUCUAGUUUUAUUCUUUGAUACAAAACGAACAUGGCAAUGGUUACCUGGAGAAAAAUUGGAGCCCCUCGGAGUAUCUCAAGAGCUCGACAAUGGUAAAUUGAUUGAAUCGCGAAAACAAUCAGACCGAAAAGCUGUGAAAAAAGCGUACCAAGACGCACUGAAUCACCAAAAACAAACGCGUAAUUCAUCGACGGAUGCAACGGCGAGCGAUUAAAUAAUUGA